GCGCCCCGGGCGGGGGGAAGGGCUCCUCCCCACCCAGCACAAAGGGAGCCGGACCCGCCCGGGCUGCGGCCGCGACCCCCGCCUCGCACCAACUGAAGCCCCCCGCAAGCCGGGGCUGCAACAUGGCGGCGGCAGGGGACCCCCGCCCCAGCGGACCAGGUCUCCGCGCUAGCGCCGCUGCCCGCCGCGCCGGGGGCCGCGCAGGGUCCCGGGACAGCCGGAGCAGCAGCGCGGUCCCCGCCGCGGUCCGCCCCGCGCCGCUAAAUACCCGGAUACGGCCGCCGGGACAGCCAGAGCAGGAGCCGGCGCCGGCGGGAGGAGGCGGAGCGGCAGGGCAUCUGCUCUCCCACUCGCCCCUCCCUGAGGGGCCCUCCCCGGGGACCCGCCGACACAGAGAGCCCGGUGUCAGGGCAGGAACCGCGCCUCCUCUGCCAGGCCCGCCAGCAGAGGGGCAGCUGGGACACCCCGAAGCAGGGGCGUGUUGGGGAGCAGAGGUGCCAGGCCCUCGGCGCCAGGCACUUUGCAGGAGGGAGAAGCCAAAGGGAGGAUGACGGAGGACUCGGCCCCGGUCGCCAAGCCCAAGCGGGCCAAGGCGGGCAAGAAGCGGACCGAGCACCCCAAGUACUCCGACAUGAUCGUGGCGGCCAUCCAGGCCGAAAAGAGCCGUGCUGGCUCCUCUCGCCAGUCCAUCCAGAAGUACAUCAAGAACCACUACAAGGUGGGGGAGAAUGCCGACUCCCAGAUCAAGUUGUCCAUCAAGCGGCUGGUCACCACCGGUGUCCUCAAGCAGACCAAAGGGGUCGGCGCGUCCGGGUCUUUCCGCCUGGCCAAGGGUGAUGAACCCAAGAAGCCGCCAGCCAAGAAGGAAGUCAGGAAGGCUGCGGUGCCCAGGAAAGUCACUAAACCCAAGAAAGCUGCUGCCAAGGCCCCAACCAGGAAGCCCAAAGCAGCCCCCAAGAAAGCCAGAAAGAAGCCAGCGGCCACGCCAAAGAAAGCCAAGAAGCCAAAGACUGUUAAGGCCAAACCGGUGAAGGCAUCAAAGCCGAAGAAGGCAAAGCCAUCCAAACCCAAAGCAAAGUCCAGUGCAAAGAAAUCUGCCAAGAAGAAGUGAAGCUUGUGUCCUUUUUCUUGAAUGCUCUCCUUCAUGUCUGCUUUUGUAAAUAGUCUUCUCCUUUUAUCCUCUUCUUCCUUUUUAUUGCAACUUUAUAGGGACUGAACACGUAUUUCCCUGAAAUAGUUACAAUGAUUCAAUUGCUUUAAAAAAGCAAGAAAAAAACCAACCCAGAGGAAAAAAACUCUCCACAGUGAGAGUCCCCUUUUAAGUGUUUAUUGGUUUGUUUUUAUUCUGUUGUAAUCUUGGAGCUCUCCUCAUGUCUCUCCUUUUUGUUUUUAAUCUGAAUGUAUGGAAUAGUUGUGGGUUUGGUUUUUUUUAAG